UCUGGACUGUCCCUGACACAAGCGCACUUCAUCCGUCCACCUUCCACAUCCUAGCAAAAUAAUAUGAAAAAAUUAGACACUCUUGAAGAUGUUCCGCUCGUAACCGAGGAAAACGAUGAUAGCCGGUUAGGGGCAAGGAAAGCUAAAUGGCUGAAUUCAAGAAAGCGGCCUGCUCAGAUAUGCCUCUGGCUUUUCCUCCUAGAGUGCGCCAACGCAUUGCUGUUCGUAGGCGGUGCCAUAAUCCUAACAAGAUCAAGGCGGCCGACACCUCAUGAUCUAGACGACUAUCAACAGCUACAUCGUUUUAAUAAGUCGUCAGGAUACGUCAGUGAUGAUAAAUGGGACCUUCAAGACUUUCUGUCAGAUGCGGUUUGGGAUAGGAUUUACCUGGAGUACGGUUUUGUGUCUAUCAACGAGGACUGGGCUAGUGAUCAUGGAAUUCCCGUCUCUGCACCGACCCCGGAAACCCCCGGGGAGAUGGUUUACCAGCUAGAUGUUUUCCAUAAUCUUCAUUGUUUGUCAAGGAUCCGACAACGCAUUCUCUCCAAUGAGACUGGUCCUCAUGACCUUCAUACCCUCCACUGCCUGAACUACGUACGGCAGGCCGUUAUGUGCAAUGUGGACCUGUUGCUUCACGUCACUCACGACUACGAGGGGAUUGAUUUUAAUCAACCGCAUACGUGUAGAGACUUUGAGGCCGUGGAGCGCUGGACGCAAGAUAACAGAUGGGAGGGUUUCUUGGAAUGGAGCUUGGAAAACCAAGCAGGUCACCAUAGUAACCAACAUUCAUAACGGGUAAAAUUGGGAAACAUAGGAACUAUUUCGAGUUCUCUCGAAAUCUAGUAGAUGAGAGUUGGUGUUGAAUCAUACCUAUCUGAACAUUUUCUCUCACUACCUACCUAGGUACCUAGUAUCAUUAAAGGGGGUCUGCCCAGGUG